AUGGCUCUCCCAGUCCGACUGGGAGCCAUCCCCAGGCACUUUUCCAUCUCACCUCUCAAACACCCAAACAAGACGCUUCACCCAAAACCUCACCCGCCCCCUCCAGAUCUACCGCUCCGCCUCCACAGACCCCUACCUCAACCUCUCUAUCGAGCACCACCUCCUCCAGCGCUCCCACCCGGACUCAACCAUCCUCUUCCUCUACACCAACCGCCCCAGCAUCAUCAUCGGCCGCAACCAAAACCCCUGGCUCGAAGUCAACCUUCACGCCCUCCGCGAGGGGCCUACCCCCCCAAUCCUCACCACCAACCCCCCGACCCCAACACCACCGCCACCGCCACCAGCACCAACGAUGACUACCCCAACCCUCAAACCGCUACCCCCAUCGCCCUCGUCCGCCGCCGCUCCGGCGGGGGCACCGUCUUCCACGACGCCGGCAACACCAACUACUCGGUGAUCUGCCCGCCGGCGGUGUUCGACCGCGACCGGCACGCCGAGAUGGUGGUGCGAGCGCUGCGCGGGCUGGGGGUGGGCGGGGCGCGCGUGAAUGAGCGGCAUGAUAUUGUGGUUGAUGUUAGCGGUUCGGAUGAUGGUGGUGGUGGUGGUGGUGGGGGGGGGACGUUCAAGGUGUCGGGGUCGGCGUACAAGCUGACGCGCACGCGCUCGCUGCAUCAUGGGACGUGCUUGCUGGGGUCGGAGAAUUUGGGGCGCGUGUCGCGGUUGUUGAGGUCGCCUGCGGAGGGGUUUGUGAAGGCGCGUGGGGUGGAGAGUGUCAGGAGUCCGAUUCGGAAUGUGGGGGUUGGUGGGGAGGUGUUUGUGGACGCGGUGAUGGGGGAGUUUCGGAAAAUGUAUGGGGAUGCGGCGGGGCAGGGGGUGGUGGUGGGAGAGGACGAGGCGUUGGCGAAUGAGGAGGUUGUGAAGGGGGGUGCGGGGAGCUUGGUGUCGCCGGACUGGAUCUUUGAGCAGACACCGGCAGUUUACCUUCUCGAGGCAUCCGGACCGAGGAAGAUCCCAGGGAGCGGCCGGCGGUGGCGCAUACGUUGCCCUAUGGACAUCCGCCACGGUGAGAUUCAGUCUGCGACCAUGGCUGGUCUCGAGUAUCACGACUUCGUCGACGAAGCCAGCCAGGACGAAAUCCUGAGCAAGGCCGUCGUCAAACAACGCCUACACUACAUCACAGACUGGCGAAGGACGCUCCAGCAAGCCAGCCCCAUCCCGGUCGAUGUUGACGACGCGGGCGAAUUCCUCAACCACAUGUUUGGCAUCCAGCCCCCUGCCGAAAAUGGAGGUGGAGCUGUUGCCCAAACAGUCGUACAAACGAUAUCCGACACCGUCGUCGGCAUGUUCCUCGACGGAGACAUUAUUGAUCUAUAA